CUUCUAUCCUUCUCUCAGUAGGCCACUCUAUAGAUAAAAAAAUGGCACCACUCUCAGCAUCAAAGGCUAAGAGACUCCAAGACAAGGAAGCAAAAGCUGCUGCCAAAGGAAAAUCAACAACAAAGUCCUCAAAGCCAGCUAGCGAGUCAACUGGAAUCACUGAUGGUAGCGAAAUGAAGAAGCUUUCAGUGGCUACUGACAGAUCCACCGCUGGUGUUCUCGUUUCCGAUCCAAAGGGACGUGAUGUCAAGCUCGAUGGUUUCACCCUCUCAUUCCACGGACGUCUUCUUAUUGAAUCUGCUGAAGUUUCCCUUAACUAUGGUCAACGUUACGGUUUACUUGGUGAGAACGGUUCUGGUAAAACUACCUUCCUCCAAGCUUUGGCAGACCGUGAUAUCGAAAUCCCAGAGCACAUUGAUAUUCACUUGGUCGCAGGUGAAGCUGAGCCAUCCGAAGUUAAUGCUAUGGACUUCAUUAUCGCAUCCGCAAAGGAGAAGGUCAUUCGUCUCGAACAACAAAUCGAAGAUAUGUCAACCGCUGAUGACAUCGAUGAGCUUGCUUUAGAGAGCAAGAUGGAGGAACUUGAAGAACUCGACCCUUCAACUUUCGAAGCAAGAGCUGGUUUGAUUCUUAACGGUUUAGGUUUCUCACAAGCUAUGAUGGCCAAGCCAACUAAGGACAUGUCUGGUGGUUGGAGAAUGCGUGUCACUCUUGCUCGUGCUCUCUUCAUUAAGCCUCACUUGUUGCUCCUUGACGAGCCAACUAACCACUUGGAUUUGGAAGCCGUCGUCUGGCUUGAAGCUUACCUUUCUACUUACAACCACAUCCUUGUUAUCACUUCCCACUCUGCUGAUUUCAUGGACAGUGUCUGUACCAACAUCAUGGACUUGACCAACAAGCGUAAACUUCAAUACUAUGGUGGUAACUACUCUAUCUACUGCCGUACCAAAUCUGAAAACGAGACAAACCAAAUGAAGGCUUACGCUAAGCAACAAGAAGAAAUCCAACACAUCAAGAAGUUCAUUGCAUCUGCUGGUACUUACGCUAACUUAGUCAAGCAAGCAAAGUCUAAGCAAAAGAUUAUCGACAAGAUGGAGGCAGCUGGUUUGAUUGAACCAGUUGAAAAACCAAGACCAUUGAGAUUCAACUUCGAAGACAUUAGAAAGUUACCACCACCAAUUAUUGCAUUCAACGACGUCGCUUUCUCAUACUCUGGAAAACCAGAGGAUUACCUUUACAAGGAUCUCUCAUUCGGUAUUGAUAUGGACUCACGUAUUGCUAUCGUUGGUCAAAAUGGUACUGGUAAAUCGACACUUCUCAACUUGAUUACUGGUGUUCUUCAAUCAGUUGAAGGUUCAGUUUCAAAACACGCUGGUUUGAAACUUGGUAAAUACUCUCAACACUCUGCAGACCAACUUCCAUACGAUAAGAACCCAAUUGAACACUUAGAAUCAUCUUACAAAGAGAAAUUCCCUAACAAAGAUGUUCAAUUCUGGCGUUCACAACUUGGUAGAUUCGGUAUCUCAGGUGCUCACCAAACUUCACCAAUCUCACACUUAUCAGACGGUUUAAGAAACCGUGUUGUUUUCUCUAUGUUAGCUAUGGAUCAACCACACAUUCUCUUGUUGGAUGAACCAACUAACCACUUAGAUAUGGAAUCUAUUGAUGCUCUUGCCCUUGCAGUAAAGGAAUUCGAAGGUGGUGUUGUAAUUGUCUCUCACGAUUUCAGAUUGAUCUCUCAAGUCGCAGAGGAAUUGUGGGAAGUUAAGGACCGUAAGAUUUACAACCUUACAAAGUCAGAUGUCAACAUUCAACAAUACAAGUCUAUGCUUCAAAAGAAAUCAGAGGCUUCACUUGAAAAAGCUAAGCUUGGUGGUGCAGGUAAAACCAAGGUUUAGAGUGCAUUUAGUAGUUUUCUUAUAUGUUUUAAUCUUUAUAUAUUCAUAUUAUGUACAUCUCUUUAAUGAGUGAAGAGGGUGAAAAAUAAGAGUAAGACUAAUAUGCCUAUCUCUGCUGUUGUUAAAAAUACAUUUAUUGUUUACGAUAAUCAAGUAGAGUAGCAUAAAUAUUGUUAAACGCCGUAUAAAUCUCUUCUCUGACUUUCGCACCUGUUAAUACAAUCUUACCUGAUACGAAAAUCAAUAAGACAACUUUGGGUUUAACCAUUCUGUAGAUUAAACCGGGGAAUAACUCAGGUUCGUAUGAACUGAAAUGACCGUGGGUGUAUGCAAGACCUUCCAAUCUAAUUGGGAAUUUAACAUCGCAACUACCAACGAUUUGUAUCUUAAAUUCUGAGAACUUAGCAUCAAAUCCAAGCUUUUGGAUAAUACGUGCAUACUUUCUAGAAGCUAACUUAGAAUCAUCCUCAGAUUUGGCACCAGUUACAACCAUCUUUCCUGAUGCGAAAAUAAGUGCCGUCGUUUUUGGAUCCCUAAUUCUC